GUCACAGUGUAGUGCCUUGUCGUGGAUUAUGGCUACCUUUUUAAUACGUCUGUUAUAUAUUGCAACGAUUAGCCAGUCUCUAACAGUAUCUGACGGAAACCAGGCACCUGUUAGUUGUGAGGUAUGUGACGUCACAGAUUCCGAUUGCGUCAAGGGCGGAGCACGCACUGUUUGUGACGUCACACAGCAAUACUGUCUUACAGAAGUGACAGACACAUUGGCUGGAGAUCGAACGGUGGGCAGAAAAUGUGUUGACGCAACAGAAUGUGAACAGAAAUUCGCAGUGACUGAAGAGAGGUUAUUUUGCUAUGAAGUAGACAUGGGCAAUCUAAGGGCUGAUGUCACGUGUAGCUUCUGUUGCCAGGGCGACCUGUGUAACCAAGGGCCAGAUUUGAUCCCUCCGGCACAAUUUCUGUAUAACGGAGAUCUAAAUGUCACCGGACCAUCAACACCCAGUGUGUUGCCAAGCCAACCAACAGUAAUGACGUCAUCAAUUACCGAUUCAUCAACCCUUAGUCUGACAACGAUGCCAGUCGACAUGUGUGAAGUUUGUGACGUCACAGAUCCCGACUGUUUCCACGGUGGCAGGCCAACGUCAUGUGACGAGGACCAUUCCUUCUGUAUGACAACCAUCCAUGAUAAUUUUCCUAACAACAUGACCGUCAGUAGAAGCUGCGUGAACGAGUCUGUGUGCUACGAAAAGUGGUACAUGGAGACUUCAUGGCGUCACUACUGUUACGACAUCGACCAGGGCGAACUAUACUUCCCCGUCGACUGCAACUUCUGCUGUGUUGGGGACCUCUGCAACGCCGGACCUACCCUUGUACCGUCUCCUGAAACACUUUACCAGCCAAAGGUUGUGCCAACUGUAUUGGGCACGACCUCAUCAUCUGUUGUAAUUUCCGAGGGAUCGUCAACCACGUCUAACGGUUUGACAGUUCCCGUCUCAGUCCUACCCACUUGGAUCUACAACAGAUGUUUUGACUGAAUCAAUACCUCCAAGUACACAAGAGUUUAGCACAGAUAGUCCUUCAAAAGCAAGCACAGAUGGUUCGACGAGCCCAACAUCUCCAAAUACACAAGGAUUGAGUUCGGAUUAUUUCACGGGAUCAACGCCUUCAAGUCCACAGGGUUCGAGCACAGGUGAUUUGACAGGUCCAACAUCUCAAAAUCCACAAGAAUCGAGCACAAGUGGUUUAACGGGUCCAACACCUACAGGGCCAUUAAGUUCGAGCAUAGAUGGUUUGACAGGUCCAACCAGUUCAGGUUCACAAGGAUCGAGCACAGGUGGUUUAAUGGGUCCAACGCCUUCAAACCCACAAGGUCCGAGCACGGAUUAUGUCACGGGUCCAACGUCUUCAGGUCCACAAGGUCCGAGCACGGAUUUUGUCACGGGUCCAACGUCUUCAGGUCCACAAGGUCCAAGCACUGAUUAUGUCACGGGUCCAACGUCUUCAGGUCCAAAAGGUCCGAGCACGGAUUAUGCCACGGGUCCAACGCCGUCAGGUCCACAAGAAUCGACCUCGGAUGGUUCGACUAGUCCAGAAGGAUCGAGUCCUGGAGGCAGCAUAGCAACAUACGUCACACAGCCGACAACUGUGUCCACUACGGAAAAGCAUACAAUCUGCGAGGUGUGUGACGAGUCCGAUCCAGAAUGUUUCACUUCCGGUACGCCGACACGUUGUGACCUUGAGGAAUCGUACUGCAUGACCACCGUCCAUGACAACUACCCCUCCAACAUGACGGUCAGCAGGGGCUGCGUGAACGAGUCUGUGUGCUACCAAAAGUGGUACAUGGAGACGUCAUGGCGUCACUACUGCUACGACAUCGACCAGGGCGAACUAUACUUCCCCGUCGACUGCAACUUCUGCUGUGUUGGGGACCUCUGCAAUUCUGGCGCUCUUGUCCCUAAUCCCGACACACUGUAUCGGCCCCGGCAGGAACUACGGAAGGUAGCACCGUCCCAACAGCAUCGUCUUCACCCAACCCUGCGACGGCACCAUUCUCGACGGACACAAGUAUGACGACACCAUCCACAACGUCUGUGUCAACAACGGAAAAACACACAAUCUGCGAGGUGUGUGAAGAAUCCGAUCCAGAAUGUUUCACUUCCGGUAGACCGACAAGUUGUGACCUUGAGGAAUCGUACUGCAUGACCACCGUCCAUGACAACUACCCCUCCAACAUGACCGUCAGCAGGAGCUGCGUGAACGAGUCUGUGUGCUACCAAAAGUGGUACAUGGAGACGUCAUGGCGUCACUACUGCUACGACGUCGACCAGGGCGAACUAUACUUCCCCGUCGACUGCAACUUCUGCUGUGUUGGGGAUCUCUGCAACUCUGGCGCUCUGGUCCCUAAUCCCGACACACUGUAUCGUCCCCCUGAACCCACAAACGCCACCGACCUAUCUACGUCUUCAGAGACCCAAGACACACCAACUCCAACAGUGCCGACGACUCCACACAUUGCCGUGUGUGACGUUUGCAGUCGGGAUGACCUCGGGUGUGUUCGUGGAGGUCGCCCUACCCUGUGUGACCCGGACAGACCAUACUGUCAAGUCACUGUGUAUGAAGACAAUCGCUUUACCCAGUAUGCCGAAAGAAGCUGUGCUGAUCUCAACACGUGUGUGAAGGACUGGAUCAAUCACACUUCUGGGCGGCCAUACUGUUUGGAAGUGGACAAAGGGCCACUGUUUUAUCCCAAUUACUGCAGCUUCUGCUGUGUGGGGGAUCAGUGUAAUAAUGGCAGCCUGGUGCCAAGUUUAGAAACUUUAUAUUAUCCGAUGGUGAGCCUAUCAACGCCACUACCAAUGAGCACUGCGAAUCCGGAUAUUACACAAACUACUCCGGAUGAGACACAAACAACUUUGGACGUCACAGAAACAUCAACAGAAUCAACUACUAUACAUUACCCAUUAUGUGACACCUGCUCUGCCGAUGACCCCAAAUGCAUGACGAGAGGUCAACCCACGACGUGUGACCUUGACACACCAUUCUGUAUGACCUCAGUAAUUGAAGAUAUGACCUCAAGGCAGACAGCUAGAAGAAUGUGUGUAAACGAAACAGUUUGUCAAGUAGAAUGGCUACAGAAGACUUCCUCCAAGUACUAUUGCUACAGGGUGGACCAGGGGCCUCUCUACUUCGCCAAUACCUGUAGUUUCUGCUGUAGAGGAGACCUAUGUAACAGCGGAACCCUUGUUCCGGACACACACAAACUUUACGUUUUACCGCCAACCAUAGGGCCGACAGCAACAGACAUGGCCUCCACCACGCCGUAAACAACUAUGUAACUGCUGGCAAAGGUCUUACGGUGAAACGUAUAUGAAAAAAAUAUGAUAAACCAUUUUGAGACUCCAGGAAUAAGACAGUGGGUGGUUGCCGGAGUAGCGCGAACUGCCAUCUUGUUCUGUACAAAUGUAUCUAUAUCUUUGUGUCGCUUCGAUUAAACAAACAUAAUCCAGUA